GCCAACAAAGGAGCCAGCGUGCGGCGCUGCCAGGAGCGCGCGUGUCCCGGCCCCGCCGCGGCGCCUCCCCGACACGCGCGCACGUGGAGUGGGGGCUUAGGGGCAGCGGCGGGUGCCUAGGGUGCGGGGCGACCCCCGACCGAGGCGCGGCGGUGAAGCCGGGACACAGCAGGUGGCUCCCACGCCGCGACGCGCAGGGCAGGAGCAUCCCUGGGUGCUUGUGCAGCUGGGUCUGAUGAGCCUAGCCCAGAGGGCCUCACCUCCACUUCCCUGCUGGACUUCCUGCUACCCACUGGCUUGGAGCCACUGGACUCAGAGGAGCCUAGUGAGACCAUGGGCCUGGGAGCUGGCCUGGGAGCCCCUGGCUCAGGCUUCCCCAGCGAAGAGAGUGAAGAAUCUCGGAUUCUGCAGCCACCACAGUACUUCUGGGAAGAGGAGGAAGAGCUGAAUGACUCAAGUCUGGACCUGGGACCCACUGCAGAUUAUGUUUUUCCUGACUUAACUGAGAAGGCAGGUUCCAUUGAAGAUACCAGCCAGGCUCAAGAGCUGCCAAACCUACCCUCUCCCUUGCCCAAGAUGAAUCUGGUUGAGCCUCCCUGGCAUAUGCCUCCUGCAGAGGAGGAAGAAGAUGAGGAAGAGGAAGAGGAGGACAGGGAGAAGGAAGAGGUAGAGAAACAAGAGGAGGAGGAAGAAGAGGAGCUGCUCCCUGUGAACGGAUCCCAAGAAGCAGCCAAGCCUCAGGUCCAUGACUUUUCUCUCACCAGCAGCAGCCAGACCCUAGGGGCCACCAAAAGCAGGCAUGAAGACACCGGGGACCAGGCCUCAUCAGGCGUGGAGGUGGAGAGCAGCAUGGGGCACAGCUUGCUGCUGCCCUCAGUCACCCCAACUACAGUGACUCUGAGGGACCAGGACUCUACUAGCCAGGAGCCAGGGGCCACAGUGCUGCCGGCUGCAGGGCUUGAGGUAGAGUUCCAGGCUCCCCAGGAAGCAAGUGAGGAGACCACUGCAGGAGCAGCUGGUUUGUCUGGCCAGCAUGAAGAGGUGCUGGCCUCGCCUUCAUUCCCUCAAACUGCAUCUCCCAGUGGGGCCGAGGACCCAGAUGAAGGUCCCCCUGGCUCUAAAACCUCAGCCUCUUUCCCACUGGACCCUGGAGACAUGGAACUGACACCUUCCUCUGCUACCUUGGGGCAAGAGGAUCUCAACCAACAGCUCCUAGAUGGGCAGGCAGCUGAAGCUCAAUCCACAAUACCCUGGGAUUCUACACAGGUGAUCUGCAAGGACUGGAGCAAUCUGGCUGGAAAAAACUACAUCAUUCUGAACAUGACAGAGAACAUAGACUGUGAGGUGUUCCGACAGCACCGUGGGCCGCAGCUCCUGGCUCUGGUGGAAGAGGUGCUGCCCCGCCAUGGCAGCGGCCACCACGGGGCCUGGCACAUCUCUCUGAGCAAGCCCAGCGAGAAGGAGCAGCACCUUCUCAUGACGCUGGUGGGCGAGCAGGGGGUGGUGCCCACUCAAGAUGUCCUUUCCAUGCUGGGUGACAUCCGAAGGAGCCUGGAGGAGAUUGGCAUCCAGAACUACUCCACAACCAGCAGCUGCCAGGCGCGGGCCAGCCAGGUGCGCAGCGACUACGGCACGCUCUUCGUGGUGCUGGUGGUCAUUGGGGCCAUCUGCAUCAUCAUCAUUGCGCUCGGCUUGCUCUACAAUUGUUGGCAGCGCCGGCUACCCAAGCUCAAGCACGUGUCGCACGGCGAGGAGCUGCGCUUUGUAGAGAACGGCUGCCACGACAACCCCACGCUGGACGUGGCCAGCGACAGCCAGUCGGAGAUGCCGGAGAAGCACCCUAGCCUGAAUGGCGGCGGGGCCCUCAACGGCCCAGGAAGCUGGGGAGCGCUCAUGGGGGGCAAGCGGGACCCCGAGGACUCGGACGUGUUCGAGGAGGACACCCACCUGUGAGCGCCGCCAAGGCGCAGGCCGAGUGGGCCGCCAGGACCGAGCAGGGCGGACCCCGAAACGGUCGGCCCGGAGCCCGCGCCUCCCCGGGCCGCGCCCGCAGCCUGGCCCUCAGAGCGGGCUCCCCCCCGCUUCCCACGGCGGCCUCGGUCCGGCUCCCUCACUCCCGCCCAGGGGCCGGCCUCAGGGCCCGCCUUGGCCCUGCUUUCCCGCCCCUGAACCCCGGGCUCCGCGGGCGGCGGGCAGCGCUCCCUGCGCCCCGGGACUUUAUUAAAUCCGCCCGGAGACCACACUUGAUCCAGCUCGUC